CUUCAGGAGUUUUAAAACAAGUUUUAGCAGUGUGUUUACUGCCUCAUGAAACAACUGCGUAGGGAUCAAAGUAGCAGUGCAAACUCUGGUACAAACAGUGCCUUAGAAAUGAGCCCUGCACAAGAGGCUUUGUAAACCAAAUAUGGCAUCUUCCAUGAGGAGCUUGUUUUCUGAGCACAGCAGAUAUGUAGAAGCUUUCCGGAGAUUUCUCAACAGUUCCACGGAACACCAGUGCAUGCAGGAAUUCCUGGACAAGAAGCUGCCAGGCAUAAUAGCCAGGAUUGGAAACACAAAAUCAGAAAUUAGGAUUCUAAGCAUAGGCGGAGGUGCAGGUGAAAUUGACCUUCAAAUUCUCUCCAAAGUUCAGAUGCAAUACCCAGGAGUUCAUAUCACCAAUGAAGUUGUUGAACCAAGUAUUGAACAAAUCACCAAAUAUAAAGAGCUUGUAGCCAAGACAUCAAACCUCGAGAACAUAAAGUUUGCUUGGCAUAGGGAGACAUCGUCUGAGUAUCAGAGUAGAAUAAUGGAAAAAAAAGAGCUUCAAAAAUGGGACUUCAUUCACAUGAUUCAGAUGCUGUAUUAUGUAAAAGACAUCCCAGCUACCCUGAAAUUCUUGCAUAGUCUCUUAGCUACCAGUGCUAAGCUUCUCAUUAUUCUUGUGUCAGGAACCAGUGGCUGGAACAAGCUGUGGAAAAAAUAUGGAUCCCGCUUGCCCCAGGAUGACCUCUGCCAGUACAUCACAUCGUCUGACCUCACACAGAUGCUGGACAGCUUGGGCAUUAAGUAUGAGUGUUACGACCUUCUGUCCACCAUGGACAUAUCCGACUGUUUUAUUGAUGGCAAUGAAAACGGAGACUUGCUUUGGGACUUUUUGACAGAAACCAUCAACUUUACUACUACGGCACCACCUGAUCUCAAAGCAGAAAUUUUUAAAGAUCUGCAGGAGCCAGAAUUCAGUGUAAAGAAGGAGGGAAAGAUUCUUUUUAAUAACAAUCUGAGUUUCAUAGUGGUUGAGGCAUAAAUAAUCACAAACAUGCAUUCAGAAAUUUAUCAGGAGCAGUGGUAAUCAUUUAUUUUUCGGUUGGAAUUGCAUAUUCAUCCAUGAUGUUGUAAAUAGAGCAUUGUCUCAUAUAUAUGUGAAAAUCUAGAAAAUCCCAAGAAGGUCUUAGGCUUCCAUACAGAAUUUUGGGUGGUACUGCUGUCUUAACCCAUCACUCCUCCUUGUAAAGAGAGCUCAUUGAAGGAUAAAUUACCACAUAAUCUGGAAGAAUGAGGCAGUUGACUUUAACUGGUUAUUGACAAUAAAAUCCUUUUCAUUUACUGAUUGAACUGAAAUUUCUUUGAAUACUAAUAAAGCAUGUGCUUACUGAAUCUUUCAAUACUUACAAAGUAUAUGUUUACUCGUAUUUGAAUACUAAGAAAGUAUGUGUUUAUUAAUGUUUCCCUCUUAAGUACUUGUUUUGUACAUUCUUCUGUGUGGUUUCCAUCUUAUUUUACUGAUUAAU